AUGGUCUACGCCGAUAAAGGUAAGGGGGUUAAGCGGAGUUUCUCCACCCUCGAACCUUGGAUGUUGGCAACUAUGACGAUAGAGCCGCGUGUUGAGGACUUAAACCUCACCACUAACCCCCUCAUCAUAUCAGCUGCUGUAGGCGACUACAACAUGAGAAGGAUACUAGUCGAUACCGAGAGCUUUGAAGAUAUAAUCUAUGAGCACUGCUUCAACAGGAUGCAACCGGAAGAUAAAAAGCUGCUUGAGUCAGUACACGCCCCUAUAAAGGGGUUCACUGGAGAGAAGGUUGACCCAAUCGGCCAAAUCACUUUCCUAGUAACUUUCGGAUUCACCCCUCGCGAAAGGACCAAACUCCUCACAUUCCUCGUUGUGCGUACUGAAUCCUACCACAAUGUAAUAAUCGGAAGGUUUACACUGGGGAAACUAGACGCUGUUGUAUCCACAGCGUGA